CGUCAAACGAACAGUUCGAGACGUGUGAGACGACGGUGGACAGCAUAUGAACUUUACGUCGGUACUGAUGGCCGAGACGUAUUUGCUAUAAGAAACCAUCAGACGCUCGGAUGGUGAUAGCUACAGCCAGUGCCUCGGUGCUCGACUUGGCAGUAAAGCUUGCAUGCUGACGUCCCAGUUGAGUCGGCCUGGAGAUGACUGUGGCAACUCAAGCAAGCCAUUUUCUCUUCUACUCUCAUCUGCAGGAGAUUGGGAAGCUUGGGAGCAGUCAGGGUUCCCACCAGAUUGACUACUUUUACAUCUGUCUCGUCUUCUUUGGUCUCCCAACGCCUCUUCUCAUAUGCUCUUGCCGUUAGGUGGGAGCUGGCCACCGGCCCUCGCUUUUGUCAGAAUUAUGGCGACGAUCCCCAGCCUUAAGAGGACGGCACGCAUUUGCAUGACAUAAUGCACUCGCUCAUAAAUGAGCUCGCCAAGUCAGAGAAAAAAAAGGAGCCCCGUCUUCCUUUAUUCUUCUCUUCCUCUCGCUAGCUUUCACUACUCGCGCUACUACUUACUCCUCCAGGACAGCAGUCCAUGAUGAAGACCAUCAACAUGGGAAGAACCACUUUCCGUGACUCCUCCUCCUCGUCGUCUAGAAGACACUUCCAGUGGAGGAUAAGGAGGUCACCGAAGGAAGGAGGAGGAGUAACAGAGAGGAAGGAGUGGGAUGAGGUUGAAGAGAACGCAGGUCUCGGUUUGUUUUCCUCCUCAUACUACACUUACAAGAAAUACCAGAGUAGCGCCACCCCGACAGCCUCUGUUGCUGCUGCUGCGCCGAAGAGAACUUGGGCGUCGGAGACUGCCGUGUCGAGGCUUCUGUCGGUUCUGGCGGCCGCAGCUUCCGGUCGCCGGAACCGAUCGACAGGGCUUGGAGUCUACGUCACGGGGACGCUCUACGGGUACCGGCGCGGGUACGUCCACCUCGCCUUCCAGACGGACAGCAAGUCGUGCCCGGUGGUGCUCGUCGAGCUCGCGACGCCCACGAGUACGCUCGUGCGCGAGAUGGCGUCGGGCCUGGUCAGGAUCGCUCUCGAGUGCGACCGCAAGGCCAGAAGUGGCGGCGGAGGGAAGGCGGCGUCGACGAGGCUAGUGGAGGAGCCGCUCUGGCGGUCGUACAUCAACGGCAAGAAGUGCGGCUACGCGGUGCAGCGCAACUGCGGACCGGCCGACUGGAAGUUGCUGAGGGCCGUGGAGCCGGUGUCGAUGGGGGCCGGGGUGAUCCCGGGCGUCGGAAGCGGUGCCGGCAGCACCGACAGGGACGUCAUGUACAUGAGAGCAAGGUUUGAGAGAGUGGUCGGGUCCAAAGACUCGGAGGCCUUCUACAUGAUGAACCCCGACGGCCAUGGCAGCACUGAGCUCAGUGUCUAUUUGCUCAGAGUCUGAAGAAGAUUCGUCUCUGCUUCGUAAUGGAUCAACUGCUUCCGUUCUCUGUCUUUAUGUAGCAGUAGCUUUGUGUUGGGGGGUGAGAUCGAGUUGCUACUUCACUUUCCCGGUGUUGUAUUAUGCCCUUCUGUGUUGUGUUCAAUCCCAAAUCUGUGGAAUGAGGUGGCUGUUUCGAAUA